AUGGAUAUCUCCACAGUUUCUGUCCGUCCCUCCACCAUAAUCGGCCCACGCGCCGCCGCCGACUCCACCUCCCUGCGCCCCGGCUAUCCCGACUGGGUCUUACUCAACAAGACGGCGCGCAUCUCCGACCAACGGAACGCGACCACCGCCUUGUGCCGCACGAGGGAGGGCCAAGCCGUCGCGGUGUCCUUCUGGCUCGUCGACCCGCCCGCCGUCUCCUACUUCUCCGUCCACUGCCCUGGUCUGGAAGACGACGAUUUCUCCGACACCCCGCCCUUCCUUCUCUGCGCCGAGGGAGCCUUCGUCCUCUUCUGCGUCACCCUCGAUGACUCCGUCCACCACUUCGUCUACUCCGCCCGAGGAAUCCCCGGCGGGAGGCCGUCGCUGCACCGUCUCCCGGACCCGAAACCCAGGGUCGAAGCCUUCAUGAGCCAGCAAUUUGGCCUCUUGCCUUGCGGUAACGAGCACUAUGCUGUGGCAUUCCUCCAUCACCAGUGGGAAUCUAGUGACCAGGCUUGGCAUUAUUAUGCCUACAUCUUCUCCUCGGAGACAAAGGCAUGGAAGAGAAAUCACUGUCAGGGAAAGCGCAUUGGGAUGGGUUGA